CCCCUCCCGGCGACGCCCCGCCCCGGCGUCAAGCUCCCCGGCGCCGGCCCCUCAUCAUUCGUCUCCCUCCUCCUCCCAUUGUUCUCGCACACCUCCGAUGCUGCCACGGCCGCGGCCGUCUCCUCCUCCACCGUUUCCACCGCCCUCAUCAUCGGCGCCUGGUACCUCUCCAACAUCGGCGUCCUUCUCUUAAACAAAUACCUCCUCAGCAUCUACGGCUACCGCUACCCGAUAUUCCUCACGACGCUCCACAUGCUCGCCUGCUCCGCCUACAGCGCCGCCGCCGUCCGGUGGCUCCGCCUCGUCCCCCUCCAGCCCGUCUCUUCCCGCCGCCAGCUCCUCAAGAUCGCCGCCCUCAGCGCCAUCUUCUGCUUCUCCGUCGUCUGCGGCAACACCUCCCUCCGCUACCUGCCGGUCUCCUUCAACCAGGCCAUCGGCGCUACCACCCCCUUCUUCACCGCCGUCUUCUCCCUGCUCGUCACCUGCCGCCGCGAGUCCGCCACCGUCUACCUCGCCCUCCUCCCUGUCGUCCUCGGCAUCGUCCUCGCCAGCAACAGCGAGCCCCUCUUCCACCUCUUCGGCUUCCUCGUCUGCGUCGGCUCCACCGCCGGCCGCGCCCUCAAGUCCGUCGUCCAGGGCCUCCUCCUCACCUCCGACGCCGAGCGCCUCAACUCCAUGAACCUCCUCAUGUACAUGGCCCCCAUGGCCGCCGCUAUGCUCCUCCCCCUCUCCCUCUGGUCCGAGGGCGACGUCGCCGCCGCCACUGCCGCUAAGGCCGCCGACGACCCCCGCCUCCUCCUCUUCCUCUUCGCCAAUGCCACCGUCGCCUACCUUGUCAACCUCACCAACUUCCUCGUCACCAAGCACACCAGCGCCCUUACCCUCCAGGUCCUCGGCAACGCCAAGGCCGCCGUCGCCGCCAUCGUCUCCGUCCUCAUCUUCCGCAACCCCGUCACCGUGAUGGGCAUCACCGGCUUCGCCAUCACCAUCAUGGGCGUCGUCCUAUACGGCGAGGCGAAGAAGAGGUCCAAGUCUCCUUCUUCCUCCUCGUAAUUCUCUCAUCCAUCAAUUACCUCCCAUUCCGAUCCCCAACAAUUUUUUUCUUCCUUCAAAUUUUAUUUCUUACCCACAUAAUGCGUUGUUGUCGUUGUUUUCUUGCCAAAAAAAAAAUUUAAUUGGUCUCCAAUUGCAAUAUAUUUGACUGCAUUUUUUUCCUUCA